ACCACGCAACACACAAAGAAAUGGCUAAGCUGUUCAUAAAACAAGCCGAGCAAUAUGCAGCCGGAAGACCCACUUACCCAGCUAAGCUCUUCGAAUACAUCGCUUCCAAGACGCCCGCCCAUGACCUCGUUUGGGACGUCGGCACCGGCACCGGCCAAGCUGCUCACUCCCUUGCUGCACACUAUACCACGGUUAUUGCCACAGACACAAGCCCAAAACAACUCGACUUCACAACCAAACAUCCCAAUAUUCACUACCGCCACACCCCGCCAACAAUGUCCAUCACUGAAGUCGAGCAGACAGUGGCACCACAAGGGUCGGUUGAUUUAGUCACCAUUGCACAAGCCCUCCAUUGGUUCGACCUUCCAUCGUUCUACAAAAACGUCCGAUGGGUCUUGAAGAAGCCUCACGGCAUCAUCGCUGCAUGGUGCUACACAUUACCCGAAGUCAAUAGUGCUAUCGAUGCAGUCCUCCGUCGCAUCUACACUACAAAUUUUGGACCAUAUUGGGAGGCACCACGUCGAUUUAUAGACGAAGAGUAUAAAACGAUCGAAUUUCCUUUCGAGUCGAUAGACGAAGAGGGGACGAUAACCUCGUUUGCAGCCGAGAAGGAGAUGAAGUUUGAGGACUACUUGACAUACUUGAGGUCUUGGUCUUCAUAUCAGACGGCUAAAGGUUUGGGAGUGGAGCUCUUGAGCAAUGAAGUGAUUGAAGAGCUUGAGAAGGGUUGGAAAGAAGAUGGGGAUAUGGAAAAUGAUAUCAAAGUGGCUAAGUUUCCUAUCCACUUGAAGAUAGGGAGAGUGGGGAAUAAUAAUUAAAAGAGUGGAAAAUGAUAUAUAUAAUGUAAAAAUUUACAUUUUUAAAAAUAAUUUUAAAGUAUAAAAGUGGAAAUGAAACUUUUUAAAAUCGAGUAUAAUAGAAAUGGAAGGAAUUUGAAAAAAACAAUCGGGUAUUUUUCUCGAUUGGUUUUAAUAAACAGUGCGAGUGUUUCCCACAAAUAGUUGUGUUCGACAAUUUGGUAUCAGAGUAAGGUUGGUGUGGGUUGUUUAAUCUUUUGGAAUUCUUAGUAUGUUCUGUGGUUGCAGCUCUGUCUGAUCUUCCACGUGAGAACUAUUUCUUGAGAGUAUUAGUGAGUGAGUUUCUUUGUUUCAUGAGUAGUUCCUGAUUCUCCAAGUUUUGUGUCAAAAAGGCUUGUUUGGUAUUACUGAGUGAUUGUCAAUACGAUGGGUGAUUUUC